CACCGGCCGUGUGUGGGGGAGGCGGCUAGCUCAGUGGCCUUGGGCCGCGUGGCCUGGCGGUAGAGGAGCCAUGGUUUCUAAGUUGAGCCAGCUGCAGACGGAGCUCCUGGCUGCUCUGCUCGAGUCCGGCCUGAGCAAAGAGGCUCUGAUCCAGGCUCUGGGGGAGCCCGGGCCCUACCUGAUGGUUGGAGAUGGUCCCCUGGACAAGGGGGAGUCCUGCGGUGGGAAUCGAGGGGACCUGACCGAGCUGCCCAAUGGCCUGGGGGAGACUCGUGGCUCGGAAGAUGACACAGAUGACGAUGGGGAAGACUUCGCGCCACCCAUUCUGAAAGAGCUGGAGAACCUCAGCCCAGAGGAGGCAGCCCACCAGAAAGCCGUGGUGGAGUCACUUCUUCAGGAGGACCCAUGGCGUGUGGCAAAGAUGGUCAAGUCGUACCUGCAGCAACACAACAUCCCCCAGCGGGAGGUGGUGGACACCACGGGUCUCAACCAGUCCCACCUGUCCCAGCACCUCAACAAGGGCACCCCCAUGAAGACGCAGAAGCGGGCUGCGCUGUACACCUGGUACGUCCGCAAGCAGCGAGAGGUGGCUCAGCAAUUCACCCACGCGGGGCAGGGCGGACUGAUUGAAGAGCCCACAGGUGAUGAGCUGCCAACCAAAAAGGGACGGAGGAACCGGUUCAAGUGGGGUCCCGCAUCCCAGCAGAUCCUGUUCCAGGCUUACGAGAGGCAGAAGAACCCCAGCAAGGAAGAGCGAGAGACCCUGGUGGAGGAGUGUAAUAGGGCGGAGUGCAUCCAGAGAGGGGUGUCACCAUCGCAGGCCCAGGGGCUAGGCUCCAACCUUGUCACCGAGGUGCGUGUCUACAACUGGUUUGCCAACCGGCGCAAGGAAGAAGCCUUUCGGCAUAAGCUGGCCAUGGACACGUAUAACGGGCCUCCACCGGGGCCAGGCCCCGGCCCUGCGCUACCUGCCCACAGUUCCCCCGGCCUGCCCACAACCACCCUCUCUCCCAGUAAGGUCCACGGUGUGCGGUAUGGACAGUCUGCAACCAGCGAGGCAGCUGAGGUGCCCUCCAGCAGCGGAGGUCCCUUAGUCACAGUGUCUGCGGCCUUACACCAAGUGUCCCCCACAGGCUUGGAGCCCAGCAGCCUGCUGAGCACAGAGGCCAAGCUGGUCUCAGCCACGGGGGGUCCCCUGCCUCCCGUCAGCACCCUGACAGCACUGCACAGCUUGGAGCAGACGUCUCCAGGUCUCAACCAGCAGCCGCAGAACCUUAUCAUGGCCUCGCUGCCUGGGGUCAUGACCAUCGGCCCAGGGGAGCCCGCCUCCCUGGGUCCCACGUUCACUAACACGGGUGCCUCUACCCUGGUCAUUGGUCUGGCCUCCACUCAGGCACAGAGCGUGCCGGUCAUCAACAGCAUGGGGAGCAGCCUAACCACCCUGCAGCCGGUCCAGUUUUCCCAGCCACUGCACCCUUCCUAUCAGCAGCCUCUCAUGCCCCCUGUACAGAGCCACGUGGCCCAGAGUCCCUUCAUGGCAACCAUGGCCCAGCUGCAGAGCCCCCACGCCCUGUACAGCCACAAGCCUGAGGUGGCCCAGUACACGCACACAAGCCUGCUUCCGCAGACCAUGCUGAUCACAGACACCAACCUCAGCACCCUUGCCAGCCUCACGCCCACCAAGCAGGUCUUCACCUCAGACACAGAGGCCUCCAGUGAGCCUGGGCUUCAUGAGCCGUCGUCUCCAGCCACCACCAUUCACAUCCCCAGCCAGGACCCGUCAAACAUCCAGCACCUGCAGCCUGCUCACCGGCUCAGCACCAGUCCCACAGUGUCCUCCAGCAGCCUGGUGUUGUACCAGAGUUCUGACUCCAACGGGCACAGCCACCUGCUGCCAUCCAACCACGGUGUCAUCGAGACUUUUAUCUCCACCCAGAUGGCCUCCUCCUCCCAGUAACCAUGGUGACUGCCUCCCAGGAGCUGGGCUCCCAGAGCCUGCACAGGGGGAGAGGAGGGCCACAGCCAUGCUGCCUGGAGGAUGUUGGAGCCUGGCACCUGCCACAGGCUGCUGGCCUUCCUAGAACUCUACACCUUCAUGCUGCAGCUGCUCCUCCACCAUCAGAAAGGGAUGGCUCUGAGGUGUCUCCUCAGCCUGAGGGGCAAGCCUCAAGGAGCCGGAGGACAGCCCAAUCUGGACCGCCAUCCCUGCUGGUUAGAAUAGAAAACUUAAUGCUUGGAACAGAAGGGGGAAGCCUGUAUUGCUGGCACCCUCCAGUCAGAGCUUGCAGGCCCUGAAGGAUCUCUGCUGAGCUCGGAGGCCCUACAUCAACAUGGCUGCCAUCUGUCUCCUGUGCCUCCCAGGCCACUCCACCCUGCGCCAGAGACCCAUGUGCCUCUUGGUGGGUUACCCUCCCAGCACAGGAUCUUCCAGGCAGUUCUCUGGCCAGGCUUGGGAGCCUAGGGAGCAGGGCUCUCCUAGGCUUUCCCCUACUAAGCCGCUCUUCCUCCCAGCUCCAGGACCUCAUUUGUUUCCGUGACCGUAUCUUCUGAUGCCAGCUUGGCAUCUUGCCUGCACUAGAAAGGCUGCUUCAGGGCUAAGAUUGUCACCCUUGUUCCUUAGGGCACAUAACUCAUGCCAAGGCCACAUCCUAGGCAAUCACCUCCUCUGGCUGCAGGGCCCUACAACUUCCUUCCUGGUGUGAGACGUGUAGAACUCGGAAGACAAGGCCUGAGCAGUGUCUAGUGGAGAGAGUGCUGAGACCAGCAGAGAGAAGCCACCCAAGGGGCUAGGGGCUGGCAGCUAUUCUGAUGUCCUUUGGCCUGUUGCAGAGAGCCUGGCCCUCAGUGGGCUCCUCUGUCAGCCUGGAAAGAGCCAGCGCCCCCUGCAGCCUACGGCCGGUCAUGGGCAAGCCUGGAUGUUUAUUUAACUUUUAGUAAAGCCAGUAAGAAGUGUGU